AUGCUGCGUCCUGUUCGCUCCUUUCCAGUAGCGUUAUGCACACCACGCCGGUAUGCGGCCUCUGCAAAAUGGUUCAGUAACGCGAACGACGCUAACUCCUUUAUGGGUGCCUUGAAAGGAGUAUUGCUUUGCCUCUGUGGCAUUGCGUGUAUCAAUUUGUGGUUUCGUGGCAGCGUUUUAGGGAAGGUGAAUACGGAAAACGAUGUUUACAUUCCCGUGGCGGCGCUGCGGACAAAAGUACAUGAGCCAAGGACCGAUGGUUUUGUUGAUGGCUUGGACGCGGUGGAACGCGGCGACAACACGCAGCGAAGACACUAA